UUCUAUUCAGUUUGUCAAGUAAGUUGCAUGCGAGUGGUUGCGUUCAAAGUUCGUAAUAAUAUGGCACCGAAAAAGAAGCUACUUUCUAUUAAAGAGAAAAUGGAAAUUAUUAAUGUUUUCGAAAAAGAAAAGUUAUCAGUACGUGGAAUUGCAAAAAGGUAAAGUAUAGUGAGUCCAUAAUUUAACUUGUAGGUACACGUUUCCUUUGCUUUAAAAGGUUCAAUAUUGGCAAAACGCAAGCUGCUGAAAUUAAUAAAAAUAAAGAAAAAAUUCGUUCUAAAUGGGAGUCUGGAUCUAAUGUUCACCAAAAGCGAAGUUUCCUUAAAGAAGGCGGCUCGGAUAUAGACAGGAUGUGUUUUGAUUGGUUCGCUAAGGCUAGGAGUCAAAAAAUUCCGAUUUCUGGUCCCAUUUUGAAAGCAAAGGCAAUGGAAAUUGCAGGAAAACUGGGGGUACCUAAUUUUAAUGCUUCGGAUGGAUGGCUAAAUAAAUGGCGAUUAAGGAAUAAUGUUUCCUUCAAAUGCAUAUCUGGUGAAGCUGCAGAUGUGAAUCAGGAUGAUGUCGAACAGUUUCGGACAAAGCUGCCAACUCUGUUGAAUGGGUACAAGCCUGAAGACAUUUACAACGCCGAUGAGAGUGGGCUUUUCUUUCGUGCCUUACCGGACAAAACCCUCGCUCUUAAAUCCGAAAAAUGUGUGGGAGGUAAGCUAUCAAAGGAAAGACUCACAAUUUUGUUCUGUGCUAAUAUGGCUGGAGAUAAGGAGCCGCUUUUGGUUAUAGGGAAAGCAGCCCGUCCUCGAGCCUUUAAACAUGUUCCAAUUGCAAAACUUCCAGUGGAUUGGAAGUCUAAUAAAAAAGCAUGGAUGACUCGAGAAGUGAUGAGCGAAUGGCUGCAGCAGUUCAAUCGAAGAAUGAAAGCCCAGAAUCGAAAAAUUAUCUUGUUUCUAGAUAACGCGGCUUCUCAUCCAAAGGAAUUAGACUUGACCAACAUAAAAAUUUGUUUCUUGCCACCAAAUACAACGGCAGUUAGCCAACCCCUUGAUCAGGGUAUAAUCCAAAAUUUUAAAACUUUGUAUAGAAGCUUAGUUUUAAAACACUUGAUAACUAAAAUUGGCGAUACAAGUUCAGCCUCAGAGCUCUCAAAAUCGAUUAAUGUACUGGAAGCUGUGUAUUUCAUCAAAGCAUCUUGGCAUAAAGUGGAAGCCACAACAAUCCGAAACUGCUUCCGUAAAGCAGGAUUUUUGGAAACUUUAGAGGAUCCUUCAGAUUUUGAUCCCGAAGAUGACAUUCCACUGGCAGUCUAUGCUAGGCUUCAGGAAGGACUAGAUUUGGCAAAUGAUUUCGAAGGUUUUCUCCAAAUAGAUCAAAAUGUUUUCACUGAGGACAACAAUAUAGAAAUUCAAUUUGACGAACCAGAUGAUACUAUGGACUUAAGUGAUUCAGAAGAUGAACCUUCAGAAGAAAUAAGUGACCCCAUAACAUCAUAUGAUGAGGCUUUAAAACUUGUUGAGCGCUUGAAACAAUUUGCAAAAAAUGACUAUGUAGCUUUUCAGCAGGUUAAAAAUAUCGAGAGUCACUUUGAAAAUGAAAAUUUUAAAUUAAAGGAAUCAAUGUUAAAACAAACAAGCAUCACACAAUUUUUUCAAACAAACUAGUCGAUAUUGAAAUGUAAGGACUUGUACAAUGUAUUUAAUUGAUAUAUUUAUGUAUGUAUAUGUAAUACUAAAGUAUGUAUUUAAAUAUUCUUUGCUUCGAAAAAUUUCUUAAAUAAACUACAAUGAAUUUUAUAUGUGUAGUAUGUAUAUAUUUUUUGACCUCAUCCCCUAUAAGCGGACAGCUCCCAUAACCGGACAAAAACACUGCGACCGUGAGUGUCCGGUUAUGAGGAAUUUCA